AUGAGCGUCGAAGCUGGAGAGGAGGUCUCGCCAUCCUCAUCUCCAGCAUAUGAGGAGCUGUUGGAGAUUCACCUCUGUCUCCCCUGGGCCUCUUCGGCGAUUCUGUCACCUCGGUCGUCGAGAGGUUCCAGGAGGCCAAAAAACAGUCAGCGGCCUUUCAAAAGUUCCUCCCUCGCCGCUCUCUCCCUGCCGAGGCUGCUGAGCGGGAGCAGCCUCGGCCAUCUACCAGCUCCUCAUCUGCGCAUAGAGCGCAGCAAAAACAAAGUGUCGCCACCCGUGCUUCCCCGCAAAGAUCUUGGGGACCGGGGCGGGCGACGCAGUCGAAGCCUUCCAAGGGUAAGACAGAUCUGCGGACUGUCAUUAUCUCUAGGAAGGCUUCGAAGAAGUCCUGACGCCAGGCGCACAGGACUUCUGAGGGCAGCCCCCUCCGAAGAGGGUCCUGUAUUAAGAUCUAUAAAGUUAACCCCUCUUCGGUGCCCUCAAGGGGCCGUUCUGCCAACCCUGCCACCUUGUGUGCUUCAGGGCGCAGCGGUCCCCACCGACCCUCCGAGGAGGGUCGGCCAGCGUCUGAUUCGGCUGUUCUCUGCCGGUGCGCCGCUUCAGGGCGCCGAAUCAGAUGCUCAAAUAACACCAGAGGCCAGCCUCGAGAGGCUGGUUCCCUUAGUAGAAUUUCUAGAAGAAUGGAAACGUCUUCCCAAUAUUUCUCGAUGGGUGCUGCUCACAAUAGAAAAGGGUUACAAAAUACAGUUCGGGUUUCGCCCGCCUCAGUUCAAAGGGGUCCUUCCUACAGUGGUGGGUCGCGAGCAGUCUCUGGUUAUGGAACAAGAAGUUAUGACACUCUUGCAAAAAGGAGCUAUAGAAAGGGUUCCUCCUCCCAGCAAGCAGUCAGGGUUUUACAGCCGUUACUUCAUCGUUCCGAAGAAGGAUGGAGGGUUGCGUCCUAUUCUAGAUUUGCGCAUGUUAAAUCGUUCAGUGCAAAAGCUCAAGUUCAAGAUGCUUACACUCAAACAGAUCACUACACAGAUCAGGUCCGAGGACUGGUUUGUGACAAUAGAUCUGAAAGACGCUUACUUUCAUGUGUCAAUCCAUCCUUCGCAUUGGAAGUUCCUCAGGUUUGCUUUCGGGGGCGAAGCUUACCAAUACAAGGUUCUUCCGUUCGGCCUGUCUCUUUCACCCCGCACCUUCACGAAGUGCGUGGAUGCAGCUCUGGCUCCCCUGAGACUCCAGGGCAUCCGCGUACUAAAUUAUAUCGACGAUUGGUUGAUUCUAGCUCAGUCAGAGCAACAAGCAGUUCAACAUCGAGAUGUAGUUCUGUCACAAAUGAGAAGGUUAGGGCUGAGACUCAAUGCCAAGAAGAGCGUACUUCUUCCAGCACAAACUUCCAAUUAUCUAGGAGUAGUCUGGGAUUCCACCACGAUGCAGGCACGUCUGUCUCCUGCUCGGGUGAAUGCCAUUCUCUCAGCCGUGAAAGGGGUGAAAUUAGGCCAGUCACUCACUGUGAAACAGUUUCAGAGACUGUUGGGUCUGAUGGCAGCUGCGUCCAGCGUGAUACCUUUUGGCCUGCUGCACAUGAGACCCCUACAGUGGUGGCUCAGGACCAAGGGGUUUUCUCCGAGGGGAAACCCUUUCCGCAUGAUCAAGGUCACGCGGCGAUGCCUUCGUGCCUUAGUUAUGUGGAAGAAGCCUUGGUUCUUGUCCCAGGGACCUGUGCUGGGAGCUCCUUGUCGUCGCGUAAUGCUAACGACGGAUGCGUCUCUCACGGGCUGGGGGGCGAUCAUGAGUGGUCGCUCGGCUCAGGGUCUUUGGGAGGACCAUCAUCGUUCCUGGCACAUAAAUCGGCUGGAAAUGAUGGCGGUAUUUCGAGCACUCAAAUACUUCCUCCCAGACCUUUGGGGCCACCAUGUGUUAGUUCGCACAGACAACAUGUCGGUGGUUUCCUACAUCAACCAUCAGGGGGGUCUGAGGUCUCGCCAGCUGUGCAAGUUAUCCCAUCAGAUCCUCCUGUGGUCCCAGGGGAAGCUUCUCUCUUUGAGAGCAGCUUAUAUCCCAGGGCAUCAAAAUGUGGGGGCAGACAUCCUGUCGAGACAGGGGCCGAGGCCCGGGGAGUGGAGACUCCACCCCGAGGUGGUGGAGCUCGUUUGGAAAAAAUUCGGUCGUGCAGAAGUCGAUCUGUUUGCCUCGAAAGAGACCUCUCAUUGCCCGUUGUGGUAUUCCCUGACCCAUCCAGCCCCGCUGGGGUUGGAUGCCAUGGUACAGGCGUGGCCGAGGCUGCGUCUGUACGCAUUUCCCCCGAUUGCUCUGCUCCCAGGAGUUCUGGAGAGGGUUCGCCGGGACGGGGUCCGUCUCAUAUUAAUAGCCCCGUUCUGGCCGACCCGGAUAUGGUUCUCGGAUCUAGUGUCCCUAUUAGAGAGCUCCCCCAUGGAGAUUCCAAUCAGGCAGGAUCUCCUGUCUCAGGCGGGCGGCACAAUAAUUCACCCCCGCCCGGAGUUGUGGAAACUGUGGGCUUGGCCUCUGAGGGGGCCGAGCUCAUAGAAUCCGGUCUCUCAACUGAGGUUGUGGAGACCAUACUCCACUCCAGAGCUCCGUCCACGAGAAAACUUUAUGCAUAUAAGUGGAAGCUGUUUGCUACUUGGUGUAGCCGAUCUCAGGUGGACCCGUUCCACUCAUCCAUCAGUCAUGUACUGCAAUUUCUCCAAGAGAAAUUCUCGGAUGGCCUAUCCCCUUCUACAUUGAAGGUAUAUAUUGCAGCUAUUUCCGCCUAUCAUGCACCUUUGGGGGGCAUUUCUGUGGGAAAGAACCCCCUAGUCAUACGUUUUCUCCGUGGUACCCAGAGGCUGAGGCCUGCUGUGCGUACAAGAACUCCGUCCUGGGACUUGGCUAUUGUAUUGGAAGGGUUGGCUGCGGCUCCCUUUGAACCUUUAGAGGAAGUAUCUGAAAAGUUCCUCACUCUGAAAACUAUAUUUCUGUUGGCUAUAUCAUCUCUCAAAAGAAUUGGAGAUCUACAAGCACUUUCUGUUGCUCCUUCAUGCUUGGAAUUUGCGCCUGGAAUGGUCAAGGCUUUCCUGCAUCAUAGACCGGGGUAUAUACCCAAGGUCCCCACCAAUGUCCCGGGGCCCAUUGUUCUGCAGGCCUUUUGUCCUCCACCCUUUUCAGAUGCGGAUCAGGAGAAACUAAAUCUGCUAUGCCCGGUGAGGGCUUUAGACACUUAUGUCCACAGAGCUGCCCUGUGGCGCAAGACCGAUCAGUUGUUUGUCUGUUACGGGUCCCCUAAGAAAGGGGGCCCAGCGUCUAAGCAGAGAAUGAGCAAGUGGGUGGUCGAGGCCAUCUCUCUUGCCUAUGAAUCGUCCGGACAGCCUUCACCUUUGGCUGUCCGGGCACACUCCACCAGAGGUAUGGCUGCUUCAAAAGCUUUGUUCUCGGGAGUUCCCAUCAGCGAGAUCUGUGAUGCGGCUGGGUGGUCAUCUCAGCACACCUUUAUUAGGUUUUACAACCUUCAUUUGGGCUCCACUCCGGGGUCCGCGGUGCUCUCGUCCCAAAGUUAACAGGACAGGCACUUGGUCCUAUGGCCUAGUUGGGAUAGGGUUCCCAAUGCGAUUCAACGCAGCGUCGAUGUUCCCAUGAAAGGGAACGUCUCGGGUUACAUCUGUAACCCUGGUUCCCUGAAUAGGGAACGAGACGC